AGUUUCUUUGAGUAACUUGAGUGCUUUCAUGAAUAACAUUACUAGGCUGGGCUUACGCUGUAGCCUUUACUGUAUUAUAUGUCGCGGGUGAACCUGUUGGCCUUUAAGAAGGCCAAGACAACAACACCUCAAAGCGCAGUAACGGAAAAGCUUCUGCACCUAAACCCUGUCACCUAGGCAGUAAACAUCAUCUACUUCGGAGCUGCCUUAUGAAUAUCGAAUCAGGUUAUCGCGAUGCCUCCUAGUCCUAGCGACACACCAGCCUGGCCGAAUCCCUUGGAAGCGGGCACGGACGUGGACCAACCGGCCAGCCAAAAAGCUCAACUUGCCGCCGGGUCCCGCAGCGGGAACUUGCUUGGUUUGCUCCGCAAACAUGGAUUAUCGUUCGUCAUGCUGCUGUCUGUUUGGGGAUUGGGUUAUUUCCGAUUCAGCUGGAGCUGGCUGCUGCUGGUGACAGUGGUAAUGGUAUGGCGGGAACGUAGCAGCCAUCAAAAACGCUGGACCAUGGAACUCGCUCGUCGAGCCACUGAGAAUGAGAAGCAGACAAUACUCAGUGCCGUCAACAACCUACCAUCAUGGGUGUACUUCCCCGAUACUGAGCGAGCAGAGUGGCUUAACAAGAUGGUCAAACAGAUGUGGCCCUAUAUUGAGGGGUAUGUAGAGACUAUGCUGCGAGACACAGUAGAGCCAGCGGUACUGAAAGCAUUGCCCUCGUACCUGAAGUCUUUCAAGUUUGAAACCAUCAAACUUGGCACAUACCCACCUCGUAUUGGAGGAGUCAAGGUGUACACUGAUCAAGUCGGCCGAGAUGAAAUCAUCCUGGAUUUGGAGCUCUUUUAUGCGGGCAACUGUGAUAUUGAGAUUAGUGUCAAAGCUCUGAAACGAAUCAAGGCAGGCAUUGAGAGCCUACAGCUCCACGGCACCCUGCGAGUUGAAAUGAAACCCUUGGUGGACAAGGUACCUCUGGUGGGCGGAAUGUCGAUUUACUUCCUCAACAAACCGGCUAUUGACUUCAAUCUAACCAAUGUGGCAGAUGUGCUUGACAUCCCAGGAUUGAGUGGUAUUCUACACUCUAUUUUAGAAGAUCAGCUUGCCAACUUUCUGGUUUUGCCUAACCGACUGCCCAUCAAGCUCAUCGAUGAUGUGGACAUAAGCAGUCUUAAGUACCCUAUGCCACAGGGAGUUCUGCGCAUUCAUGUUAUUGAAGCCAAGAAUCUUGUUGCCAAAGAUUUGGCGCUACUGUCUAAAGGCAAAUCAGACCCAUACUGCAUUGUCAGAGUUGGCUCCCAAAAGUUCAAGACCAAAGCAAUCAGCAAAACACUCACCCCAGUCUGGGACAAAUACUUUGAGGCCAUUGUGUACCAAAGUCAUGGCCAGACAAUGGAUAUUGAUGUCUGGGACAAAGAUGAAGGACCUGGAAAAGAUGACUUCUUGGGAACGUUGAGCUUGAAUGUGCAACAUGUUGCUGACGCAGGUCACCUGGAUGCGUGGCUUCCCUUGCAAGAAAUCAAGCAGGGAGAUAUUCACUUGGAGCUGUCAUGGUUAACCCUCACAGACUCCACCAAGGCAAUAUAUGAGCGCAUGAGCAUGAUUGCAAAGAACAAGGAAGAGGAGGAAGACAGUGAUGAAGAUGAGUCCUCCAUGUCAGCUGCCAUUUUGGUUGUCAAGCUGGAUUCAGCAAAGAAUCUUCCGGUCUCCAGACGCUCCUCAUCACUUCCUCAUCCCUAUGUCAACAUGAUUGUUGGACGGGACAGCAAGACUAGUCAGGUUCAAAAUGAGACACUAGCUCCUGUCUGGGAGGAGGUCUUCAAUUUCCUGAUUCAGAGCCCAAGUCUGCAGAACCUGAAACUAGAAGUGAUGGAUAAGAGGAAAGACCGAUGCAUUGGACUCUUGAUGUUGCCCAUUAAGAACAUACUAAUGGCCCCCAACCUAGCCUUGGAGCAGCCGUUUAAGCUGGAUGGGUCUGGACCACAUAGUAUGGUGACCCUCAAGAUAUGUCUGAGAGGUUUGGAGCGUAAAAAGGCUGUCAAAGUUGCCAGUCCAAGAGCUGUUUUGUUGUCAGAGGUGAGUGUGGAUGUUGACGAAGCAAGUAGUGACAGUCCAGAACUGAAACCCCAGCGGCAGUACUCCCCUGUUUUCAAGGAGAGCUCGGUGGAUGAACCGGUGCCCCUAGGACCUCAGGGAGAUGUACCGUCCAGUCAGCCAGACACUAUGUCUUUGGCUUCCAGCCCUGAGGAGGCCCAGCCUGUCAGUGACACUGAGCUGAGGAAGCGACUGGUGCAGCACUCAAAAGAGACUCAAGAUGCCCCAUUUGGAAAGUUGCAGGUUACCCUUCGAUACAGUGCCCCCAGGAAUCGAUUGGUGGUGGUUGUGCACAAGGGAUUAAACAUCAAGCGUCAUGGGUCAGAUGAUCCGCCCGACACAUAUGUCAAAACGUACCUACUUCCAGACAAGUCUAAGUCUGGCAAACGCAAGACAAAGGAAGUGAAAGAUGCCCAUGAGCCAGUCUAUGAUGAAACAUUGGAGUAUUUGAUUGGAGCAGAGGAAGUGAGUGCUAGGACACUGCAGGUUAUGGUCAAAGACAGCUCCCGGUUUAUCUCUCUGUCAGACCCUGUGAUUGGCCAGGUUGAAAUUAAGCUCAGCGAGUUGGACAUCAGUAAAGCAACAACAGACUGGUACAUUCUGAAGCCUGCGGAUUCCGAUUAGAUCUUGCCAGUAUUCCCUACCAGUGUCUUCAGUAACAUGUACAAGGAGGAUUCCUGUUCAUUGGCAAGGAACCACUCUUUUAUUUCAAAAGAUAAGUAAGGAUCAGGGUGUCAUAGGUCAGAGGCCAUAGAUUUCUAGCUAAUUGUUUUGGGACAGGUUGAAUGAAAUACCUGGGAAAUAUGUGCCUGUAAAGAAUCAUGUGCUAGGUUUUGCCAACCAAAAUGGGUACAUCUGAGUGGAAUAGGCCUUUGUGUAUAAGAAUGGUCAGACGAUUUAGAUUCUGUGCAUAGAAAUGACAAGGAACUAUUACAUUAUGCAGUCUGAUAUUAGUUAUGCACCUAAGUAAUCAAAGACUCAAAGAGAAAUAUAGAUGAGUACACUUUUGCUGUAGUUUUGUGCUCAUCAAGUUGAAAAUUGAAGCUCUUCAGUGUUUGACUUGUUAUUCCCACAAUUGUUAGUAUACUUGCCAUGGAAUUCCUUUGCUUGCCUACUCAGUGAGCUACACAGCGCUCUCAUGGGAUUAGUUUGCCCUUCUUCUUAGAUAAAGUGAAUGCAUAGAACCUCAUCAUGUGGGGCUUUUUUGUCAUUCGCAUUUGAAACAGAUUUGACUUGAUAUGUACAUCAAUUGUUCAAGUGCUAGAUGCUUUCAUAAGCUAAGGAAUCAUUCUGGUGCUGUUGUUGACUCCUAGAAGUAGAAAAGUAAUAGCUUGUUAUAAACAAUAUAAAAACUAUAUACUAGUGUGUGGAGUACAUUAACGACCUUUCUUCAUAAAAUUGGGAAAUUUAUGCACUUUCUAACCAAAGAAGGGUUAACAGAUGUACAAAUAGUAGUAUUUACAAAUAAUACGGGUGAUUCACAAUUGUGUGCUUCCAAGAGUUUACAAAGCAUUCGCCAAUCACGAUGUGCGAAAUCUCUCACCCAAUGGGCGUUUGAAAAGGGUCAACAGAUUUCGUGCAUUGUGGUUAGCGUUGCAAACUCUUGGAAAUGCACUAUUGUGAAUUGCCGGUAUUGCUGAUUUUUGACAGUUCUGUUACUUGAUUGGGUGAAAUGCUUGUUUUCUGUGUUGUGCACUUGUAAAGAUUGAGUCUUCAACAAACUAUAGAGUCUUCUGUUUAUUGAUGUGGCCUUUUGCACAAGUCUGGUAUCCCUACAGUUAAUAUUAUUUUCUUUGGACUUCAAAAUAUUUCCACAUUGCUUGCCUGUAGACCCUUGCCUCGGAGGUCAUUGACCCUAUUAAAGUUAAUUGAAGUGUAUGAUGUAUGGCACCUGUGUGUAACUGUAUCUUCAGGUGCCUUGCUGUCAUGCAGGGACUUGGUGAGGUUUACUUAAAAAUUUGUAAGACCCACUGUACCAACAUCUUUGUCUGGGCUGCUUGGUCCCUCUGGACAAAAAGUGAAAAUAAAACAGGAAAAGGGGAGAGAAACCAAAGAAAUUUGAAAAAUGAGAGGGGAGAAAAUUUGCCAAAUUACUUUAAAAAAAACCAGUCAAACCUCCAGUCAGUGAUUGUUUGUCAAUUAACUGAAGAGUGCUUUGCCCUCCCCAUAAUUUUUCCCUCCUGGAAAAAGUGGGAACCCCCCCUCCCGAAAGAAUCCUGGCAACGGCCAUUGUUUUAUAAACCAAAAAACCCCAGAUUUUGAACCACAUCUGUAGUCUCUCAUGCGUGGUAACUAUUAAACAUUCAAGAUAGUAUCCAAACUAGGGAAAAUAACACAGUAUUGCUGGAUGAAAGUGGUUAAAAUACAUUUAGUCCUUUUACAUUGCACUUGUCGCCGCAUGAGCAUUUCAGUAAUAAGAGUUUCAUUAUUUAUGCAGAUUUGGAUAUCAGACAGAAAACUUCAAGUAGCGUUUCUGUAAGAUUUUAUUUUCAGCAUUAUAUAUUUUUUACUUUAGAUUUAACUUUGUGUUGUGUCAUAUUUUUGUGGAGGCUGAUUUAAGGAUAUAAACUUUGGAAACGCGGGUAUAAGCAUGGAAAUGCAUUACUAUUAAUUGUAUUUUGUGUAGUGUUUACAUGUAGAUGGCAAUUUACUAGUGUUUUGCUUUAAAGUUAGGAAUAUAAAAUGGACUUUGUCUUUUCUAACUUGUAUCAGGGUGAUGGUUCGUAAAAAAAAUAUUAACUGCAGCAAAGACUUUAAUGGCAGACCUGUGGCCAUGGUGGGAUAAAUCCUACCCCACCGCAUCCACAGAAUAUGAUAGUUUUUAAUACAGACGUCUUAUAACUGUAACAAAAUGUAAAGAGCUCAAUAAAUUAACCAAAAAAAAAUUUGAAAGACAGAUAAAAUGCCAUUAGGACA